AACUCUGCGUGGAAGUGAAUACGGAGGACGGAGGCAACAAUCACCGCUUCCAAAACAGUUCUAGUCGUGGUACAGUACUAUUUUUGGCACGGCUUGUUCCGUCAGCGUCCUAACUGGGGUCCCGAACAAGAACCAAGUCGCCAAGACGUACUAGCCAAAAGCGAAGGUAGUGCAGUGGUUUUUCCUUUCAUACACGACGUCACAUUAAUCUUUCGAAGUGGAAUAGAUGGAUCAUGGCUUUUCGUCAGAGGCGCAGUGAUCUGUUGAAGUUCCAUCGUCCAAAACUAGUACUUCCCACCGGAACUCAAGCUGAACUCUCGGCAACACUGAAGCCAGAAUCAAGACAAUGCAUCAAGAAUCUGGCAGCUUACACACCGCCUAAGCAACGAUCUCGGAUUCCGAAAUCCCGUUCUGCGGCCGUGCUUAUUGCUUUGUUUGUCGGUCGUAAAGGAGACUUAUACGUUGUUCUCAGUCGGAGGGCAUCGACAUUAAGAACAUAUGCCGGUGACACAUCCUUACCUGGUGGUAGAUGGGAACCAAGUGACCGCACUCUGGAAUGGACGGCUAGACGUGAAGCAUAUGAAGAAAUCGGUUUGCCAGUUGACAGACAAAGGGUACCUCUACUGUGCACCCUACAGCCAUUUCUUGCGGGGAAUCAGCUCGUUGUGACCCCAAUAGUAGUUCUCGUGCUAGAUAACACCAUUCAGCCACUACUUAAUUCCUCAGAGGUCACAUCGCUCUUCUCCCAUCCGCUGGUCUCAUUCCUCAGCAAAGAGCCCCCAUUCCCCCUCGAACUCGAGACCUUGGAACUCAAGUAUCACACUUACGUCGAUAUCGACUGGAAGGCUCUCAACGGCAAAGUUCGCAUGCAUCGUUUCCAGACAGGUCGCGAAGCCGGAGGAACCAAGCCCAUAUUCGGGCUCACAGCCGCAAUAUUGAUUCGAGUGGCUACUAUUGGAUACGCUCGCGAACCCGAUUUCGAAGUAUAUGCUCCAGAUCAGCCUUCACAAGAUCAGCGGCUGGCGUAUAUGCUGAAAUAUAAUGAGGUAUUCCGAGAGGCUGAGAAGAAAGAAGGUAUUGAUCCCGACGUAAUACCCGAACGAUACAUUCGGCCUGUAUCAAAAACCUCUUUACCACCAUCGCACAAAGCUGCUCGACGACCACGAAUUCGUAGUCGAUUGUAAUCAUCUGGUGCUAUCUUUGGAUAUGGACGGCUACAAUCUACCAUCAUAUUCUUAGGACUUGGCCAACUUAUUCAUUCUUCGCACACAUGUAGGAGUGCAACGUUGGUUGAUUAGGGUAAUUAAGUCCACGAAGGGUAAGUAUAGGCCGUAGCUAGUGAUCAGUUGACGGGAACAUCGAUCGUGACGCGUCUGCGCCGCACGUCGAAAGAACGUCGAAAACUAAGUCCUUGGUCAAAUCAAGGUCAGACAGAGUUAUGUUGACUAAGGAAAUUUGAACCUUCGUCUAUACCGUCUAUACUGUCUAUAGGUGACUACAAGCUCCCAAGAUGGGUCUAUUUUGA